GGUGCGGUAUGUUUCUGAUGCAGGUCGUCCUUGAUAACUUAUCCCAGUGGUAUUUAUGGCUAAAACAGACGAUGAUUUUUAUCAGUUAGAGUUGCAACUCGGAUGCAGUGGGUAUGAAGUUAUAAAUGUCAAAGUACAUACAAGAUUUGGUCAUGGAAUGUGUAGUCUUUUCGCUUUCACUGUAACUUUGGUUCAUCUUUGGGGAGUUUUUAACUAGAUAUUCUCUUUGAACAUUGCCUUUUUUAUACAAUUCUUGAUUAGAUGGAGCACCUUGAUUGGCGUUGCCGCCUUGAAUGAUUUUUUCCACUCAUUCUUGUUUCGUUUGAGUUUUGGCAUCAAAGUCAAAUAAACCAAUAAUAAAAUUAUCUCUGAUGAUUAAAAACAUUAUCAUUUCUACUGGUAAAAUUGCCAGCAGAUUUUAAUACAAAAACUAAAGUGGAAGACUUUGAAGUUUGAAUGUUUCAUUCAACUUUGUGCCUCUCUCUCUCCCUCUAUCUUACAGAAUUUGUGAAGAGCCAGUAGCUCGCGGCUCUCAACCGCCGUGUAGGAGUCAUGGACGAGAGAUUGUUUACGGCUGCUCUGACCGGUAAUGUAGUUCACCUGCAUCAAUUGCUCAACGAAGACCCUCUUAUGCUCCGCUCUGCUGCUUUGGCUUCUGCAGAGACACCUUUACAUGUUGCCUCCAUAUGUGGGAAUCUUCAGUUAUGUAAAAGAGAUGAUAAGAUUGAAACCUGAAUUCGCUGGAGAACUAAACCAGAACGGAUUUGGUCCAGUUCACUUGGCUUCGGCAAAUGGGCAUGUUGAGAUAGUGAAGGAGCUACUGAUGGUCAACCGGCAUCAUUGUCGUUUGAAGGGUCGAGAUAGAAGCACACCUCUUCAUUAUGCAACUGUGGAAGGCAGAAUUGGAGUUAUAAAUGAACUGAUUUCGUGUUGUGAAGAAUCCUUUGAAGAUGUUACGAUUCGAGACGAAACAGCUCUCCAUCUCGCAGUAAAGAACAACCAGUUUGAAGCUUUAAAAAUUAUGGUGGACAUGCUCAGGCAACUGAACAAAGGGGAAAUAUUGAAUAAGAAGGAUCAAGAAGGGAACACGGUUCUACACCUUGCAACAUCAUCGAAACAACGAGAGGCAGUAGAAUUGUUGCUUAUGAAGGCUCCUAGUUCUACGCCAUUGGAGGUGAACUUGAUGAACAAAAGCAAUCUCACAGCUCUUGACUAUCUACUUAUUCUUCCCAUGGAACCAAAUGAUAGAGAUAUAGAAGCAAUGCUUCGUCAAGCAGGAGCAAAGAGAGCUCAGGAGAUAGGUCAAGUCCUCGAUCUUCAGAUUCUUGAAAAUUAUACUAACAAUCAGGCAGAAAUAACAGUGGCCGAAUCUCCAGUAGAUCGUUUGGUUGGAUUCUUCAAGUUUCGAAGAGGAAGAGAUUCUCCAAGUGACGCGAGAAAUGCUUUAUUAGUUAUAGUCGUAUUAAUCGCAACCGCAACAUACCAAGCUGGUCUUAGUCCUCCAGGAGGUGUUUGGCAAGACUCUGGGAAUGCCAGUACUAAUCAAACCGCUAUUGGCAGCAGCAAUUACGUCAGUACGAAUACGAGUGGAUAUGCACCAGGGGUAUCGAUUUUGAGUGGUAGUGAUGCAAUAUCAUUUGGGAUAUUUCUGUUUUUCAAUUCAGCUGGGUUCUAUGUUUCUCUUUUCAUGAUUCACAUUCUCACUUGUGGUUUUCCUUUGAGAUUUGAGUUGCAGAUAUGCAUCUGGGCAAUGGGUUUUACUUACAGUAUUACGAUGUUUACAAUUACACCAAAUGGUAAGUUAGGGAUUAUGUUUAAUGUGAUUGUGGUUCUCUUCCCUAUUGGAAUUCCAUUUAUGUCAAAAUGGAUUCGAGUUGUAAAAGAGAAGAAGCCGUGGAAAUGUCUAGUUAAUAGAAUUAAUUUCGGACGCUAUUGUACUCUAUACUAAGCCAUCAAGUAUCCGAGUUAUUGAUCA